AACUCAUUCUUUUCAAGGUCUACGAUCUCUCCGUCUCCAUCAAAAUGGGUCAGAGGCGGUUUGUGCUCACUCAGUUCCCACAAUUCAAUCGUCGCGAUGAAAUCAUCGAGUGAAGGAUAUGAUUUCAUAUGAAUGACAUCACUGUUGCCUCUUCACCACUACAAAUAAGAGAGAUCUCAAGUAACAAAGAUUUUAUCUUCAUUACAAUCUCAUCAUAGCAACUUAAACAAAUUUCUUUUUUACUUCGUCACAAACAAAUUCACUUCAAAAUGACCAACUACGAGCAGAUCGCCAAGGAGGCCGAGAUGGACCUCAACACCUACCAGGCCAAGACCGGCAACGCCCGUCCUCAGGAUGUUGAGGGCGCUGGUGUUAACCCCCAUGCUGAGAACAAGUUUGAGAGCGCUCAGGUUGAGUUUGGCGAUGAGCUGAGCACAAACGCUGGCUACAACAAGCGCAUUCCCCCCAGCGAGGGUGGCAUCGUCGACGACAAGGGCCGACAAACCCGUGGUCAGCACUACGAGGGCGAGGGCGGCCCUCUCGACAAGCUCUCCAAGGCCAACGACGAGCGCGGCGGUUACAACGACAACGAUGUUGUCGGCGCCAACGUCAAGAAGACCUCCGGCCUCGGAGCCACUGACGAUCUCGCCUCAAAGGGCCAGGAAGCACAGCGCGCCAACGUGGGCCGCAACCCUCCCGGCCCUGGUGGCUCUCAGUUCAAGGGCGAGGAUUACUACCAGCCUGAGAGUGUUCCUGACAGCAUCUCUGCUGAGGGUAACAUUGCUCCCGAGAGCGUGAUUGAGGCUAGCCGAGAAGCUGAGCGACCUUGAACGAAACAAAAAUGGAAUGGAAUGGAUGGAAUGGUACGGAUGGGUUAAUAGCGGGCGCCUGUAUGAUAUGAUAUGUUCAUAAUUUGAACCGCCAUGAUUUACGACCACAUUAUUUGUG